AUGACAUUCUUCAAAGCUCCCAACACUUUAUACCGUCUCGCAGCCCACCUUUACACUCGUGCCGAGUUCAAGCGCACGGCCCCGACAUGGAGCGAGCAAGUGGGUCAAUCGAUCAAGCGGCGUCGAUAUCGAUUGGCCGUGCCCCAUCCUUCUUCUCCCCUUUUCCAGAUCUCGGCUGCAGGCUGCGAAGCUGAAACUCCAUGUGCACCGUCCCGAAGCCCAUUGGCAAGACAUGACAAAGACACAAGGCCCGAUUCGACCAAAACGCAAAUCUCGGGGUCGCGGACUUCGGACAACGACCGGCUGGUUAAGGUAUCCAACGAUACGAGACGGUCUUCCGUACAUGCGCCACUGCAGGUACUGGUUGACGCUUGCGAUCAAGAGCAGCCACUACGCGAGGAGAGCACCCGGAGGGAUUCCGUGUCGGUGGCCCCUCAAUCUGUGCCCGCAGGCGAGACGAACAUCCGGAUACCCACAACCCUCGCCUCCGCCGAGAAACCAGAUCCAUUCGUCCCGUCGCCAGGGACCGACAGCUCGGUCGCAUCGAGGGUGGCGCCCCUCAGCUGGUUCGAACUAUUGGCAACUGACGCCGCCAACGCGGACAAUGGGUUUUUGCUAUCGCCACCUCAGUGGUUUCCUAGCACACCGGGGGAUGUCGCAGUGCCUGAUCCUUACCGAUUAAAUCUACAGCCCCGGAGUCGGCGAGAACGCGAGAGCUUCCAGGCCGCCUCUUUCCCCAGGGACUUCGCCUUCGAGUCGCAGUUAGUUUCACGAAACACUGAAGGGCAAUCUACGGCGUCAGAUGAAAAAACAUUAUGGAGCACAUCGCAUCCGAUCGUGCUAUCCGAUCGUGAGCAUCGCAUCUUCCGUCAUUUUGUGCGCAUCUCUAGCCAAUGGCUGGAUUUUUACGAUCCCGAGAAGCACUUCUCGGGCUUGGUUCCACGUCUGGCACUUCGAAAUCUUGGCCUGAUGAAAGCUCUUCUGGCGCUAUCUGCACGGCAUCUCUCUCUAGGAUCCGGUAUGCUUGACCCCCCUAUUGGAGGUACUGAAACCGACACCGUCAAUGGAUCCGAUCACGAGGCCAUUGACCGCAACGUGGCAGUGGAGUACUAUUAUGAGACACUGCACUAUCUGAACAAAGCGAUGCAGUACAGCUCUUAUACCCACAGCCCAGAACUAAUAGCAACGGCUCUGCUCAUUAGUACAUACGAGAUGAUCGAUGGUUCCAAUCAAGAUUGGGAGCGGCAUCUCAAGGGCGUGUUCUGGAUUCAACGAUUUCAGGACAAUGACGGCGAAUCUGGUGGUCUCCGGCAGGCCGUGUGGUGGGCAUGGCUGCGACAAGAUGUUUGGGUUGCCAUGCGCGAGCGACGUCGAGUGUUCAGUUUCUGGCAACCCAAAAAGCCUGCAUCAGCCCUGACGGCGGCAGAGUUGGCCACACGCGCCACGUAUUUGCUGGCACAAUGCGUGAACUAUGCAUCCAAAGAGGAGAUAGAAACGUCAAACAUGGCACAGCGUCUGGAACGGGGCAGCGAGCUGCUCUAUAUGCUACAGGAAUGGCAUGACGCUCUACCUCAAGACUUUAGUCCCCUACCUAUCAUCUCCCACACCGAGCCGUUCCCGCCUAUCUGGGUUCAUCCGCCAUCCUAUGCUGCUGGGCUGCAGAUACACAGUCUUGCUCGAGUCCUCGUAAUUCUUCACCGACCGUCCUCGGGCGGUUAUCAGGAUUAUCGUGCAGCUCAAAAGCUUCUUGCCCUAUCCAUGAACACCAUUUGUGGCAUUGCGCGGACAGUUGACAAAGCAGAAAAUGCGGCGAGUCUGGUCUCUAUGCACUGUCUUUUUGGAGGUAAGCUGAGUGAUUUGGAUUGGGGAACAAAUGCAGCUAACUUGGCUUUCAGCUGGAAUGUGCGUGUAUGA